AGGCAGCUGUGUGUUGAUGCGUUGGUGAGCAGAGCUGGCGUCUGAAUUCACAUAUUCCAUUCCACUGCACCGAAAAAGCCUCCGACAAUGAGUAAAGUUGUAUUCGUGGGCAAUGUGCCAUACAACAUGGGCGAAGAACAACUCAUCGACGCUUUCAAAUCCGUAGGACAAGUGGUUGGAUUUAGAUUGGUGUAUGACCGAGAUACAGGCAAACCAAAGGGAUACGGGUUUUGUGAAUUCGCCGACCACGACACAGCACUCUCUGCCGUGCGCAACCUCAACGGCCAAGAUGUCGGCGGUCGCCCCCUUCGUAUUGACUUAGCCGACUCGGAUCCCUUCCUCGAAGGCAAGACCACUAUUCGAGGUGAACUUGUCGAUGCACAUGAGACAAGAGCACAAUGGCGUGAACGUGGAGGUGACCGUGACGACCGUGUCCGAGGUGGCAAAAGUGAUCCAAAUGCGUUUCUGGCGAGCUUGCCUCCGGGUGUGCCUGUUUCCCCUGGAUCGACCGCGUUAGAUAGUAUCAGCCAGAUGCUUGCCACAACGAACCCGAGUCAAAUCUUGGAGGUACUUGCGCAAAUGAAGGCGUUCGUGAUCACACACCCCGAGCAAGCAAGAGCACUACUCGUCACACAUCCACAACUCGGUUAUGCCCUCUUCCAAGCACUACUGCUGAACAAGAUUGUUGACCCCGCAAUCCUACAACGAAUGCUCAACUCAACAACAGCUUCUCAACCCACAGCACCAGCUGCGGGUCCCGUUCCAAGCGCGCCCCCUGCUCCGCAAGCACACGUCCCUCCACCAGCUCCAUACCCUCAUGCACCUCCCCAUGCACUACACGCCCCUAUUCAACAUCCUCAACCAGCUUUCGGCCACCCACCUUCCAUCUCCGGGGCUCAUGGGAUGCCUCAAGUAGUCCCAACACCUCCCGUUCCGACACACACACCGUCACAUGCGCAACUCUAUGGUGCCCCUCCGCCACCUAGUGCUCAGCAUAUGGGACCUCCUCCGAUGCCGUACUAUCGUCCGCCUAUGCCUGCUCAACAUCAACCUCCACCACCUCAACCUCAAAUACAGCAACCUCCUGCACAAAUACAUGCACCUCAAGCUGCUCCGGCUCAGCAAGCACCUUUGCCUAUUGAUCCAGCUGCUAAAGAGAUGAUUUUGCAAGUGUUGAGACUGACACCUGAGCAGGUUAAUCAGCUGCCACCAGUGGAACGUGAACAGCUGAACCAGUUGAGGAAACAAUAUUCUCACUUGCUGAACGCUGUGUGAUUGUGUGUUGGUUGACGUUUGAACUCUAAGCCUUCGUGUGCGAUGUGCGAUGUGUGAAGCAUACCAGCAAAUGCAUCUCUCAGGCACAAGCUUCCAUGUUUCUUGGACCAACUUCAACACGCGUUCAAAUCUUCACACCUCAUUCUUUUUCUCCUCACAGAUUGCGCCAUAUGGCUUAUCAUAAAAAGUACAGGACAUAAUUCACAACUCAUCUUGUCGCCAAACCGUCCACAUCCACACGAUCAUAUAUGACACCUCCCGACACUUACGACGACUUGUUCUUCAAGCUCCUGAACCAGUUUCUUCAUGUUCACCGUCACCCUGGACUGCACAUGUUUUCGUCCUAGUACCGACACCGACGUUCUUGUGAAUUGUGCGCGUUAGCAGACUUGCUGUCUAACUUCUUGUCCAACAACUGUAAAGUAUGUAGUCAUCAGGUCUUUAGGUUAUACUGUAGAUAGAUGAUUCUUUGAAAACAAAUGCACGAGGUUAUUUCACCAUC